UUUCCCGUACCCGGUUGUGUUAGUCUUCACGUAGAGAAAAAAUGUAUUCUACUGAUUAGAAUAAAAGACUUCCCCAUCGAUAUUGAAUCAUUCCAUAGUUUAUUAGACCUACAAUUCUAGAAUAUGGCUUGGAAAGUAGGAUUGUUGAAAACUUCCGACCAGUGAUCAGCGGAAACUUGUGGCUUCCAGAAUCAGAACAUUCGCUAAUGUAAUCAAUGACGAAAUAGAACCUAUCGGUGACGGUAGCCCCGAAGCGGAAGAGCGGAAGAGGGGAUGUAAGUGCGUGUUUGGCGUGCCGAGAGUGAGAUUCGUUUCAAAGGCAAUCCGGGUCUGACUUCAGUAAUGAUUGUGCUCGCGAAGGAUACGGAUGACGGCGUGAAAUCCUCAGAAGUUGAAAUGGAUUCAGUAUCGUUUAUUUCACCCGACUAUCCAUCAUCUUCGCCCUCUCUCUAGGCAUGUGUCAGGCUUGACUUCAGCAGCCGUAGGAAUGCGAAGCGUUGAAUCAGUAGAGAGAUUCCCUUCGAGAUAGGAGUUGGAAUUUAUGUCCUAGCUGUUGCUCAGAUAAUCUCUCAAUCUGCGGAAAUGGCAUUAAAUGUGUCUCCGUACCAUUCGUGUCCUAUACUUAGCAAGACAAUCUAACAAACCGAGGAAUAAGCAGAAAUUGAUUUUAAAAAAAAGUAGUUUUCUAGAAAAGUUUUAUCUCUGUCCAAAACUAUUAAAAGUGACGAAAAGCUCGUGAUGGUCCUUAUAGAUUAGUGUGCAGCGUUGUCAAAAAAAAAUGGCCUUACAGAAAAAGUUGUCGAAUAACGAUUUCGAGCUGCUCUCGAUCAACAAAAUGAAUAACAACAGCGGCAACAACGAUCCGAACGGUAACGGAAACAGUAUCGUAGGUAUUAUAAGUAGCGGCGCGGGAGCGAGCGGCAACAGCAACGCCAACAGCACGCCCAAAAUGCCGCCCAAGAAGAUCCAAUUUACCACACCCGAGUUCAGCAUCACUCCGAUCGAGACGCUGCCUGGUAGCACGGCACGGCCACCACCGAGCAGAAAAAGGGAGGAGGCCAUUGUGAUGGCGAAUCUUCGGAAGCGUGUUGCUGCAUCGGAUCUGAACAAAACUCCACGGAGAGUCGUCACCGCUCCGACUCUGGACGACAUCAGUAUCAACGAUACCGGCCAAACGCAAGACUCGAUGGACAAUCGACCGCUACUACCGAAACCGGCCGGUUCGUUGUCGGGGGCGGAUCGCAAGGAUCGACAAAAGAACGGGAACGAUGGAGGCGAAGAAUCGCCCAAGGUUAAAAUUGUCAUGGAUAAGGAUUUCAUUUUCGAGUGCAUGUGCUGGCAUAACGAAUACCGGAUGAGACAUGGAGCGCCAGCGUUGAGCAUCUCCUCGGAACUCUGUGAAAUGGCUUCCCAGUGGGCCAACCAUCUGGCAAGUACGAACGAGUUGUACUACCAGAGCGGCGGGACUUACGGACAGAACAUAUUUUGCUGUCCCGCGAACUCUCUGCUAACGGAUUUAUCGGGUCAAGAAGUAGCGACUUACUGGUACAGUACGAAUCGAAGAUAUGACUACUUCAAGGAGAGCCACUUACUACACACCAACGUCAACACGGGUCAUUUCACGCAGAUGGUGUGGCGGGCCAGUAAAUACUUCGGAGUCAGCAAGUCCAUCUCCAAAUCCGGCAAACUGUUUGUGGUGGCCUACUACUACCCGGCCGGCAAUGUGAUGGGUGAGUUCCGGCAGAAUGUGCUGCCACCGAUCGUUACGAGUGACGAUCCACACAUGUCACGCCCUCCUUCCGCUAAAGAUCUGGAUAAUCUGAGUGCUUCCCACUGAGUAAAUAAGAAACGGUGUUCCAUCAUGUAACAUAUAAGAUAUUUUCUACGCCAAAAGCUGACCGCUUGGAUUUCAUUGUGUUUCAAGAGACUUAUUCAAUCUUAUGUACAGGCGUUGUAGAGAGACACUCGUUCGGUUGCUAGUGUAUAAUGACAACCUAAAUCAAUUGCUUUCAAGACUAGCACUAAUAUUUUAGCCUGCUACAUCCAUGUUUAAUCAAACAGUGCAAAUUAGUUUACCAUGAACAAAAUAAGAAAUAAUAUCAUAACCUCGCGAGAGCCUUCCACUCACAUUGUUACGGUAGAACAAUCCUAGCUGUAACAGCAUAAUAGCUGAUGGUAGUUUAGCUACUAGUUUACUCACGCUUCCAGCUGUUUCAUAACAACGAUGCUGAGAGAAAAGAUACACAAACGAUGAGCUGCUCUAGCCAGUGCAAAAAGCAGCUAGUUUUUCGAUAAAAUCAUAUUACAACUCAUUAGACUGCUUCCCGUUGUGAACCAAAGAAAGGAUAUAAUCGAAUAUUAAUUGAAUACAGCAUAUAAUCAUACAGCACUUAGAAAUUAGUUUUAGGCAAAAUUAGAUUAUCAUGCAAACACGAACAGAACAAUGAACGAAAGACUGCCCUGUGGUUGGUGCCAGAGAUUUCGUGUUCCGUGACGUAUGACAUAUAAUUUCAAGCACCAAUCACAUCUCAGAUCCAUCUGCGCCAUGCAGCGGGUUUCGACCUCAACACAGAAAAAGCAUCAUUCCAAUCAAGCGCAUAAUUGGCAUGGACAUAAAAUUAACUUUUAGAGUAAUUUUUUGCUAGCACGAUGACACAGAAUAUUUUAUACAUAAAAAAAACCUCUGUUGAAAACAAUUGUGAAAAUCUAGAUUAGUUAGUAUUUAAAUCAUAACUGGAUGUAAAUCAAAAUUCGAUCAAUCGAAACGUUAGCAUUCUAAUUUAGACAGUAAUGCUAUAAAAGUUUACCAUAACUAUGGAACAGCAAACCGUUCGCCAUCAGAAAGAAAUUGGACACCGUUUUCAAACUCCCGAGUAUUAGAAUAAAAACGACAAAGCGGAAGACUUCAUAUUUAUACAGCGGAAUAUAACGGAUCUGCUUUUGAGCAGGGGCGUAGUCCGAGCUAACUAUUAAGUACAUACCUGUAAUGAUAUAUCCUGUAAAAUAGCAAACUGUACCCGCAACCUUCGCCGUACAUAGUCGAUAAGAAACGAACAAACGAAGCCAACAUAAAAUCAUCACGCACCCUUAAGUGAGCAGUAGUGGUGGAUAUUGAAUUCAUGUGACUCUGCGAUAGGUUAUCUCGAUUUGACACGUUCUCGCCGGUACGUGCGCUUUCCAUCGUCCAACACACAUACAAACUGACACACCAUCCACUGUCGCAAUUUUUUACUUUCCACUACUCUAAGUAUGUAUACAAUCUAGAAAUCUGUAUGCUCAGCUUUUUGAUUACAACACAAUCACGACUUAUUCGUCAUAAGUAAAAAUCACGCGGGUGAGCCCAGGAAAAGUUUCGAAGUUGGAGAAUUUAUUCGCCACGAAAAUGUUAAUCACAGAGAACUACGUGCCCAGCCGUGUGCCUAUGCUCGUAGGUUAACGCGGAUUACAUACCCUUAGGUGAGGAACGUCUCGUAAUUCCAACCGUUCGGUUUUUAUUGCACCAAUGCUAUAUCUAUGAUUGUUUGUUACGGGUUUCUAUUUAUAUAAUAGCGAUAAAAUAAUUCACCGUCCAAUAACCUCGUUCUCGAAGAACGGGCAGAUUUUACGUACGUCAUAGUUUGUACCAUGACGUAAUUCUAGCACUUCGCGUGCUAAACUGUUUUCCAUUUCACACGUUUUUGUUUUGACGUUGAACUACGUCUUUUUCGCCUAUUUUAGCAUGCCAAUGCACAGAGACAUGAUACAGCUGACCACAAAGCACUUUUUUGGUGUAAAAUAGUCAGUAAAAUCGAUUCCUUGUAUUUAGAAGGACCGCACGAAACGCUAUCAUGUUCAUUUUACCCCAAGUUCUCUUUUUAUACUGCAUUGUAUUCAAGCUUAGCUAUAUAACACGAAACCGAAGAACUUGCAGAAGAGCGAAUAGAGUGUUUCCGAUGUAAAAAAAGUCUGACAAAUCGAUUGCAUAUAUUUUUAUUGACAGCAGAAAACUCGUUGCACCGUUUUACCCCAUUUCUUUUCUAGUUAUAAUAUUCAGUUGAAAUAUGAUCUACAAUCCAAAAGCAGAUCCAAUGCGAUCUAUCAAUAUUGGUUCAUACUACGUGCAAAACAUCUGUGAUCCAAUUGAACACAAUGGGAAUGACAGUACUAGCCUGUUUAACCCGUUUUACCACAAUUUAUAUCAAAAGUAUCAUACGUAAUUCCUGAUUACAAAUGAAUUCAAUGACCGCACGAAUCUUGUUAUACCAUUUUAUCCCAAUUUAUCCUUUAACUGAGUCUUAAGAUUUUGCUCCACAUUGAAUUCAUUUGUAAUCCUAUUCAUCAGGUCUUUCUUCGUAAUUUCAAUCGAUUUUCAUCAACCGCAAUCAGCCUGCUUUCGGUAUGUGGAAGAAAGUUUAACCAGAAAUACGGCUUAUGAUCUAAAUUGGGGUAAAACGGGUUAAACAGGCUAGUACUGCCAUUCCCAUUGUGUUUAAUUGAAUCACAGAUGUUUUGUACGUGAUAUGAACCAAUAUUGGUAGGUCAUAUUGGAUCUGCUUCGUGGAUUGUAAAUCUGAACUCAACAUAAAAUUAUAUUUGUCGGAAAAUUGGGGUAAAACGAUGUAGCACGAAGCAUGCGAUCAUGAACACUAUCUGUAAAUUAUUAUUUGAGGUUAUAUGCGAAACAUAGAACUGUCUUGUUUAACCAAAAUUGGUCCAAACACCGAUCAGUAGUAUUUUUUUUCUGUAAGUUCACGGAAGAAGAUGACUGGGGGUAAAACAGAAUACAGUUGUUUGCGGUCAAUCUUAUUAAAAACGAUCAAUUUAUCUAACUUAUGAGCAUGUCAGGAAUACCUUCCGAUUGGUGCAAUUGAUUUUUUCCCUGAGUUUCACAGUUAGUUUUCAAAGUAAAGUCAGAAAAAAAGGAAUUGUAGCAAAACGGGCAUGAUAGUGAAUUUUGCGGAUCUUCUAACUAAAUCGAUAAAUCGAUUCUACAGAAAAAUUUGCAUAAAAAAUACUAAUUUUGAAAAUAUUUGCUCAUGUUUUUAAUAAAAUUAUUGAGCAAAGUUGCGGUUUUGAUCGUUUUUUCCCCACUGUUCAAUAUCUUAAUAACUUUUUUUGCUCGAUUAUUUGCUUUAAUUAUUUUACUAAUUUUAAUUUUGUCUUGAAAAAACACCAAAUGUUUUAGAAUAGAAUGAAACGUCGAGAAUUUUUUUGUUGGAAAAAAUCGACUCUUCAGGACUUCCGAAAUCGAAAAUAUAAAUAUAUCUAUCCAAAAACCAUGCGUCUCCAUCAAAGUGUCACCAUCCGAUGGAGACGCAUGGUAUUUAGUUCUGAAAAUAUCGCAGUUCGCACGCCUCGCUCGAUUUACCAAGCAAUGAUAUAGGGCAUGCAUUAGUGAACAUGUGUGCCAGCGGACGGUAGUAAUUCGUUUCUAACUUCAACAUCUUGCGAGAUAUUCUGGAGGUUUCGAGGUUAGCUAUUAGCAGUCCUAUUAAAAACUAUAAACCAGAUAGAAAUCACGUCAAAGCGCUUGCAGCAAGUCCCGAAGACCCAAAAAUAACGUAAUAAUUCGCUUCGUCGAUUUUCUAUACAAACAACAUGUUCUUUCAAACUUACUAUUUUCAGUUUUUUGCGAUUUCCUAAAGAGGACUCCUUUAUUAAACAGUUUCAGAAAAUCGUAUUAUUUUAUUGCUUUAAUUGAAAUAUGUAUUAACUGAAAAUUAAUUAGAAACUAAGGUAUGUAUGAAAAUCUAACUUCAUAGGCUUUCGCAAAUAUAGUUCAUCGCAUUUGCUUGCACUUAGUAGUCUUUUUCCGAUGUUUCAUGGAGUACUUUUCUCAUGUAUCAGACCAAGCCCGUCUAUUCUGUAUUUAGAAGUCGUCUCCAUACAGCUUAGACUAUGACCACUUUUUGAAAGUCAUUCAAGACUCGGAUACUGCGUGCGUAAACCUCCAUUUGAUCGUUCUACAUUGCUUGUUAGACUUCUCUUUCUCUUGAACCUGCCGAAUCACAUUCAAGAAUCAUGUUUCUCUCACUCCUUAUGAAAUACAACCGUCCGCUGGCAACAUGUUUACUAAUGCGUUCAAACGAACUGUUCCCCUAUAUCAUUACUAGCUAAAUCGAGACAUACGUACGGGCGUGUGUAAAUAAUUUUUGGAAUUAAAUUUUUUCUUAAACCCUGAACUCAAGUUGUAGAUGGUAACGCAUGAUAUUUAGUUCUAAGGGCAUGUGAUAUAUGAUUUUAGAACUAAAUACGAUGCGUCUCCAUCGGAUGAUGACGAUUUUAUGGGGACGCAUGGUUCUCCGAAUGAUUUAUUUUUUUAAAGUCUGAUAUUACACCCGUCCACAUUUUUAAAUAUCUGAAAAAUACAGCGUAAUGUAGUCAUAACUGAUUUAUUGUUGAUGUAAAAUCUAGAGUGGAACAUAACUUCUGGAGAGACUUCAGGUGCAAUACUAAUUAAAUCAACCUCAUAUUAAAUUUUUUGCCUAAAACCCGAUAUGAUACUUUUACUCUUUUAGCAUCGAGACGAGUGGACAUUUGAGGAUUCCUUUGAAAUGCGUUAAGAACUCACCUUAUUCUAGUUAUUUUUAACAAGUUAUUUACCCCUUCGUCUUUAAUUUUCACAGUCAGAAGAUCUUUUCAUUGUCUAAACACAUACCAAAUUAUGGUCCUUAUUAUCGUGAAGUGAAGUGAAUAUAUGACCUCAUUGAAAAAAUGUCUUUCGUUUGCCUAUGUUUUAGUCAGGUGCAAUAAUAGUUUCAUUCAUAUUCGUAUUUAUUUGUCAUUUCAUAGUAUACAAAACAACCGAAAUUGAGGUUUUACAAUCCCAGUUAGGUUUAAUUUGCUUCCACAUGCACAUUCGUUUGUUUCCUUUUUUUUUUUGGAAAUAUUUCAAACUGCAGAAAAAGAAACAGAAGGACUAUAUAUACAUCUAAAGCAAUUAAAAAUGCAAUCAUGGUUACAAUCUAUACAAAUAACAAAUAAAAAAUUUAAUUUAUUUCAUAAAUCAUUGAGAUCGAUUUCAAAUGCAAUCAUUGAACUGGACAGUACGAAAAGCAGUGAAUCCGAACCUCAACAGCACGACCGAUUCCACAGAUUGUGUUUUAGUGGUCGAUUUUAAUUUUUUAAUCGGUAUCGCUUACAAUUUGUGUCACUCUAUCUAACUACGAAUCAAAACGAAUAGACGUCCAUGAAUUGGAUAGAACAAUUGUGGUAGGCAGAAUGUUAAUAUAAUUUAAAUACUGUGUUAAACAAUUGACAGCUUGUUGAAUUACGGGUAGCAAUUAGCAUUUUAAUUUUAAUUUCGUUUUCAGAUGUGGCAAUUUUAUGGCUCUUCGUAUCCCAAAUCAAAGGUUUUUUUUCAACAACCUUGAUUCAGACUAAUUUCGAAAAAGUCAACUAUAUUCUAUACUAUAAUUGAUUUUUGAAAUCAAUUACCUAUGUGUGAACUUGCUACAUGAUAUUUAAAUUAUUAAGAGAAGAUGAAUUUUUUUUAGUUGAAUACUGUUUGCAAUAAUCCGUGAAUGAAGUAAAUAUAAAGUGCAAAGCAGAGUUUUUUAGCAAGCGAAGCGGUUCGAAGAAACCACAACCCAAGUUCUGCAAUUAAAACUUUCACAUGGAUUGUAAUUGGAAUUAGAUUGCAUAUUUAUCAUCUUUUUGCCUUUCUCAUAUAGAAAGGUUAUGCAAUCACUGUGAAUCCCGACUUUCGAACAGAGGCCCAAGUUUCAUAUAUCAUUCUACUCAGUUAGCCGAGUCUAUGUGUGUGUAUGUAUGUAUGUGUGUAUGUGACAAAAGUCUUAUGACCUCACACAAUUUUCCUGAGUUCAAUUUGGAUCCGACUUCCGGUUCCGGAAUUACAAGGAAAUAUGUGAAAAUUUAUGAAAAAACCGCCGCCUCUCAAACGAUUUUCUCAAACUAAGGAGCAAAUAAAAGGUCUUGAAAUACUUCCGAAAGCACCGAUAAUAGUGAAGAAAAGCUUCAAAAAGAGAACUCACUUGGACUUCUCAGCAACGGCUAAACCAAUUUUCACGAAUCAUGAUCCAAAUAAAAUCUCUCAUUGUCUUAAAAGAUACUGAUCAAUUUCAUCCAAAGCGACUUCCGGUUCCAAAAUUAUAGUACGAUGAGUGUCAAAACAUUCAAAUCGUCAUUCAAAAUGAUGCAAAACUAGUACGCUACGGUACAUGCGGCUUUGCUCCAUUCGCAGCGUGCCUUGUUCAAUUUCGUAUAGCGUGCAAGGUUGCCAUAUUUAAAUCCAUAUUUUUCAGUUGCAAAAAAUGUAAAUUUCUAAUUCUUAUAUUCAGUUUGUACCUACUUGUUAGUGUUAUUACAAGAUGAUGAUAAUCGUUAUCAUAAAAGUACACUUAUUGCCUUUCUCAUAUAGAAAGUUUAUGCAAUCUCUUGAAAAAUUAACUAGUGAAAAUUGACCCAGAGGGCUUAGUGUUCUAUAUCAUUCGACAAAGUUCAUCAAGCUGAGCAACGUAUGUGUCUGUGCGUGAAUGAAUGUGAGUAUGUGUCAAAUAAUGUCACUCAAAAAAUAAAAAUCUCAUAGUCCCAUAGGUUGCUAUUGAAUUUCACACCGUCAUUUAGAACGACGCACAGUGAUUCGAAUCAAUAAAAACGUGGACAUAAAUCAGUAGCUGCCAAACCGUUAUUUUAAUGCAUAUAGUUGCUUUGAAGAAAUUAUUUACAAAUAUAUACCGCGUAAUUUGAUCCUAUCAAUAAUUGUUCAUGGCCUACUUUGACAAAAAAUGUAACCAUAACUUUUUUUUUUGAAGAGAUAGAAUUUUUUUUUCUUCUACAAAGUUUUAGAACUGUUAAAAAUAAUUUACUUUGUCAAAUAUACCAAAAGUCUAGGUUGCACCGUUUCGGAUAUACAAAGCGUUUUUAUGGCAACCCCCUUAAAAUCAGUUUUUUAUUCAUAAAUUGUUUCGAGUUAUUUUGUUAUGCAUACUUUGUUUGGAAUAAUUUUAGAAUUUAUAAAAUCGCAUAUUUUUGUUGAAGGUAGUGCAUAGGUUUGUUCUUUCCUGGCAAAGUUAUGCAACAUUUUACCUUUUUUUACGUAGGAUAAAACCUUGCACCGAAUCGAAAUAUGCAACUUUAUGCAGCUGAUUUUUACAACAUUUGUAGGAAAAAAUGUGCCCAAUAUCAUAAAAAAAAAUCUAAGUGGAACUCGGUGGAACUUUUUUUUUAGGUCUUUUCAAAGUUAGUUUCAAUUACUGAAUUAUGGCAACCCCCUUAAAACUAGUUUUCUAGUCAUAACUUAUUUCGAGUUAUUUUUUUAUGCAUACUUCGUUUGGAAUAAUUGUAGAAAAUAUAAAAUUUCAUAAUUUUUUAGAAGCUAGUGCAUAAGUUUAUGCUUUUCUGGAAAAUUUAUGCAUAAUUUUACUUUUUACCUAAAAACCCUUGUGCCGAAGCGAAAUAUGCAACUUAAUGCAGCAAACUUUUAUAAUACUUAUAGGAGAACAUGUACCUUAUCGAAUUUAUUUUCCAAUGAGAAUAUCUUGAGUAAUAUUCGUGUGACUCAUUUUCACUAUGGCCAUGCUGAAACAAUGAAUGGUUAAAAAACAGAGGGCGCACAGUAGUCCAAAACUGGAAAAAGACGGCCAAAAGUCUGUACUUUCACUGAUUUUUAAGAGUUAACGUGUCUUCGAAGAAGUUUUACAUAAUUAUAUAACGCUUCUUCUGAAAGUAGCACCUUAAUUUUUGUUAAGGGGGUAUUACCGAUUUCGAAAAAAAAUAAUUUUGUUUUUGACGAAAAAUUUAUUUUUUCUAUCUCAUUUCAAAGAAAAAAACAUUUCAAGUAUUUUUGCUGAAGAUUUGAAUAAUGUAAAAAAAUAUUUUUUGAGAUAUUCGCUUUAUUUUAAAAACAGUUUUUUUGGAUUUACCUACAUAGAAUUUAUCUCUAUUACCUAAGUAUCUACUACAAAGUUAGCAUUUAAAUGAGUAACUUUUCCCAAUACUUUUCACAACCUAAUCAAUCAACUAGGUAGUUAAUGUUACCAGUUUUGAUAGUUUUGUAAUCAAUAUUCGAAAUCAGUGGGUCAGACGCUACUAGGAGUCUACAAAAAACAUCUGUCAUCGUUUUUUCACGGCCGAAAAAUUAUCAAAACUUUAACACAUAUUUAAAAAAUGGAAAAAUGUUUUCUAGACAAAAUAUGAUAAAGUAUUGUUAAAGUACAAACCUUUACGAAGAGAUUCCAUGUUUAAACGUGUAAAUAAAUUGAGUUAUCGCGAAGCAACACGAUUUUUGAGACGAGAUGUUGAUCGGGCGACGCUCACUGCAAAAGUGAGUUACAGAAAUAGCAGACGCGUGACGCCCUCUGUUUCUGACCCAUUCAUGGUUUCAGCAUGGCCAUAGUGAAAAUGAGUCACACGAAUAGUACUCAAGAUAUUCUCAUUGGAAAAUAAAUUGGAUAAGGUAUAUGUUCUCCUAUAAGUAUGUUUAAAGUUUGCUGCAUUAAGUUGCAUAUUUCGCUUCGGCACAAGGUUUCCUAGGUAAAAAAAGGUAAAAUUAUGCAUAAAUUUUCCAGAAAAGAAUAUACUUAUGCAUUAGCUUCUACAAAAUUAUGAAAUUUUAUAUUUUCUACAAUUAUUCCAAACGAAGUAUGCAUAAAAAAAUAACUCGAAACAAGUUAUGACUAGAAAACUAGUUUUAAGGGGGUUGCCAUAAUUCAGUAAUUAAAACUAACUUUGAAAAGACCUAAAAAAAAGUUCCACCGAGUUCCACUUAGAUUUUUUUUAUGAUAUUGGGCAUAUCUUUUUCUACAAAUUUUGUAAAAAUCAGCUGCAUAAAGUUGCAUAUUUCGCUUCGGUGCAAGGUUUUAUCCUAGGUAAAAAAAGGCAAAAUGUUGCUUAUUCUGCCAGGAAAGAACAAACCUAUGCACUACCUUCAACAAAAAUAUGUGAUUUUAUAAAUUCUAAAAUUAUUCCAAACAAAGUAUGCAUAACAAAAUAACUCGAAACAAUUUAUGAAUAAAAAACUGAUUUUAAGGGGGUUGCCAUAAAAACGCUUUGUAUAUCCGAAACGGUGCAACCUAGACUUUUGGUAUAUUUGACAAAGUAAAUUAUUUUUAAUAGUUCUAAAACUUUGUAGAAGAAAAAAAAUUCUAUCUCUUCAAAAAAAAAAGUUAUGGUUACAUUUUUUGUCAAAGUAGGCCAUGAACAAUUAAUGAUAGGAUCAAAUUACGCGGUAUAUAUUUGUAAAUAAUUUUUUCAAAGCAACUAUAUGCAUUAAAAGAACGGUUUGGCAGCUACUGAUUUAUGUCCACGUUUUUAUUGAUUCGAACCACUGUGCGACGAUGCAAAAAGGGUAAAUUCUUCUAUAUUUGGCUUAAAACUGAUUCAAAUUGUAGCUCCCGGUUCCAGAAGUACCGGAAAUAGUGGUCACAAAGUUUUAAACGAGACUCACUCAGUUUUCUCAGAGAUGAUUUGAUCGAUUUCCACAAACAGGCUCAAAUAAAAGUUCCUAUAGUCCAUUAGGUUACUGUUUAAUUUCAUCCGGGUCCAAAUUUCAUCCGGUUCCAGAACUGUAGGAUAAAGUGUUUUUAAUCAUUUAGUGCGACGAUGUAAAAUAAAGAAAAAUUCUUAUUAACUUGACAUAACUGUUCACAAAAUGAAAACGAAAUGUUAGUUUCUUACUUUAUUAAAGAUUGAAAAAAAAUUCUUUACAAAAUCUUCAAGUGAUAUUUUUGAAAAUAUGAGUAAUAUGAGAAAGUCAUCAUUACACCACUAGGUGGAUUGAAACAGGUUUUUCUGUUCUGAUAUCAUUGGCCGAGAAACUUUUCAAAUUCACAUCAGGGAUCCACCAAACAUAAAAAGAAGAUGCAUUUCAUCUUGGAAAAAGCGGAUGGAAGUGAAUACGAAUAAAACUGGCAUGUCCUUUUCACACUUCCGAAUAUCAAUAACCGAUUCCAGAACUUGACUCGAAAUCUGGGACAGGCUCAAAAUUCACCUGCAAAAUUCUGAUUCGUAAUCCAGAUCAAGAAUGUAGUUCUAGAGCUAUGGAACUGAACUUAUUUUAAGAAUCCAGAAGUUCUAAAAAUGGAUGUACCAGAAUUAUGGAGGUGAUAUCCUGGACUCAAAUUUCGCACAUAAACUAAGGAAAUAUAUUCAGUUCCCAAAUCUAGUCAACAAAUUAGUUCCAGAAUCCGGAAUUAGCUUCCAGUUCAGAGUCAUAGUUUAAAUUUUUGAGCCUGUAAUUUUGAUUCAAAUUCUGAAACCAAAAACAUCAUAUUAACAAGAUAUGGAGGUCUCACAUUUCUCGAACAUGGCGUUGCUGAACACUCCGCUCCUUCACUACUAUCUUCACUGUUUUCAAAAGUUUGAGAAAACUUAUUUUUCGAGCUUUCCAUACGGGUAUCUGAAACUUUUAAAAAUUUAAUCAUAAAUUACUGAUCAUAUUUCUGACGGCAUAGAGUAGGAAUGAUGUUUUUGCGAUUAGUAAAACUCGAGAUAUUCACGAUUAAGUUCUACCCACAGAGCGAAUUUUGAAAAGACGCCACUUAAUUGGGUUGGUCGUAUUCACGAAAAAAGAAGCCAGUUGUCUGGUCCUAUCAAAUACGUUGCCAAGAAACUACCGACAAGUUUUAAGUUUACUUUUCACCCAAUACAAGGGUUGUGUGCAGGAACUUAAUAUUAAGUAAAUGAAAUCGAUGUGGUUUCCACUUGGUCCUGUGUAAAAAAAAGUACUCAACAGCAAGUUGGUUCUACUCAGAAGUUGAGUUCAUUCUAUUCAACAUUAUUUUGAUGUGGUUUUCCUAAUUUUAACUUCUCGCAUUGAACUCCCGCUGUUGGGUGGUUUUGCUCUUUGUUUCCGGACAGGAAUCGAAAGCGCGAAUGAAAGGUGACAGCUAAAAAAACUCUCAAGUAGGGAAAAAAACUCACAUGAAAAAAAAACAUUAUUUGACUUCUUUUUCCUUCAUUCUGAGUUCUUCUGAAUCUUUUCUUUCAUUCGCUCCUUCCUUUGUUGUCAAAAUACAAAGAGCCAAACCACCCAACAGCGAGAGUUUCGUUCAAUAAGUUAAAAUUAUAUAAACCGUAUCAACCUGAAAUUUAGUCAAUACGACUCAACUGCAGAUUAAAUAUAACAUACCAUUGAGUAAAUAUAACUCAUCUUUAAGUAUUUUUGGCAUGUGUCUUACGAAAAGCACCUAGAUCCACUUCACCUGAUAUUAGGUUAUUGAACGGAACCUCCAGAUCGGAUGGAAUGUACUUAAAAUUAGGUUGUUUUGCGGUUCCGUGUAUUGUUCCUUCUCCACGCAGGUUUUGCGGCCUCCUGUCAUGACGCCAUCUUGUUGAGAUCUGAAUUGGAACUUCAAAAUCAGCUGAUUGCAUCGUAAAUAAGCAACUACUAAUGCAAUUUGUUUACGGUUUAUCUUGUUGCAAUAAGCACGAAAAUUGAAGAAUUUUGGGUCGAUUCUCUAACAAUAAUUUGUCGGUUUACCUAAAAUACAGCAGAUAGUGGUUUAGGACUUUGAGUGAAGGAAAUUUUCACAAUUUGAAAAUCUCGAUAAGUAUCAAAACAUCGCAGUGUUUGAGGCUCAAAACGCGAGGGGCUCAACGUAAUCGGUGUACUUUCAAAUGGCUGGUGCUAACAUACCGGUGUCAGAUGGCGGAGGUUUUGCUAUGGACAAUCUAAUGCAGUGUCUCACUACUAGAGGCGCUCGUGUGUUAUGAUGAUAGUUGCAGUUUCAUCUGCCAUAAUUUAAGCAAAUACGAUAUUCAAUUUAAAUAAAGAUGUAUGGUCCACGGUUACAAUGUUUAUGGGCGAAAACUAAUGUGGAAAAACCACUCAUCGAUUUAAAGCAGUUGUCAUUCAGAGUUGACAAAACUUAGAACUAAAAAAAACGGUCGAAAGCAAGGUGUGUAUGAUGGCGAUUAAAGGCGGCCCUUACACGAGAAUUAUUUUUGUCAUUUUUAAUGAUGACUAAGUAAUGAUAUUUCAAAUUUGCAUAGAAAACUCGUCAUUACUGGCACCAUACACGUUCAUUAAAAUGAUAUUAUUUUUUAGUAAUGACACUUUUAGUGAUCCUGUAAGGUCCGCUAUACGCUCUGUUAAAAUGACAGUUGUUGUAUUGUUUUGUAUUACCUGGCAGUUUAAAUAGAACCGCUUAGCAGAAGCAAACUUAUUUGAUUUUAAACUCUUAGAUAAGAGCGCGACGUCAGCGUUGUAACACAUGGGCUGAAAAGUUUCGGACUGUUUUUUCAGGUCUGCGAACAGCCAGUAGUCGCUGGGAGCCAAAUCUGGCGAAUACGGUGGAUGUGGGAGCAAUUCAAAGUUCGAUUCAUGUAGUUUUUCCAUAUGCGGUCGUUUCUUUGCAAUUUCAACCUUCAAACGCUCCAAUAACGCUAUAUAAUAUUCAAUGUUAAUAGUAUUUCCUUUCUAAAGAUAGUCGAUAAACAUUACACUACGCACAUCCCAAAAUACUUAGACCAUAACCUUUCCAGCCGAUUGUUGUGCUUUUGGGCGCUUUGUACGAGGUUCACCAGUUGUUGCCUACUCAGAUGACGAUCGUUUUGAUUUUGAAGCGAAGUGAUGAAUCCAUGUUUGGUACAUUAUCACAUAUCGACGCAAAAUUCCGGUUUGUUACGUUUGAACAUGGCCAAACACUGCCCAAAAUCACCAACACGUUCUCGUUUUUGGUCAACAGUGAGCAAACGCGGCACCCACUUUGAACAGAGCUUUCUCAUAGUCAAAUGCUCAUGCAAUAUAAAGCCAACACGUUCUUCUGAUAUCUUUGCGAUGUCAACUAACUCACGCAACUUCACUUUUCGAUCUUUCAAAACGAUUUUGUGAAUUUUUUUCAAAUCAACGAUUUUUUUUUCAAGUCACCAACCUACGUUUUAUUGUUGUUUCUGAUUAUGUGGAGUCUCCAUUUUCAAGCUAUUGCUUUGCUUGAAUGGCACUUUUUCUCACCAAGAAUCAGUGUAAAAUUAAAACACGAAAUUGUUUUUGAUCCAUUGAUCUGAAGCAUCAUUUUUAACACAAUAACUCACAAACUAAUGAAUAGAAUGUCAUAAAAUUUUAACAGCUGUCUUUUAAAGGUUAGUGUUAACUAAAAAAAUGUUAACUGCAAUAAAACUAACGCCAUCUAUGUGUUAGGCCAUAGGGUCUUUCCAGUACAUGUAUUAAUCCUAAGCAAACUAACAACAUUCCCCUUCCCAUGAGCUGUAGAUAGUACAGAUUUAUUUCAUACUUAACUUAGCAAGCUCCGUUGAAAGGCUCUCUUUUAAUAUUCGCGACACUACACUAUGCUCUCAUGUGUUACUAGUGUCUUCUGUGGAUGUUGACUCACCUACCCCGUAAUAACGUAUGAAAGCAUUAGACGAAUAUUCCCUACAUGUAGCUAAAAACAAUCAAUAAAUAAAAUGUGUAUCAGAAAGCUGAGCUAUACAAUUUUCUCCACACACAUUGUUUUCUCACGACACGUGUUGGCGACGGUACAAAACGUUUAUGCAUAUAAAUCCGUCUAGUAUGUGAUGUAAUUGCAAUCUCAAUGUGAACGUUUUGUCGCAAGUGUCAUAAAAUUACCAAUUGCGAACCGAUGCCAUAGCUAGUAAGUUAACCAAUAGAGCGCUGAGAGAAUCAGUCGACGCUAGGUAAUUGCCACGCACAGCAAAGCAGAUAUUUUUAUGAUUGAAAUAUGUUGCCACCGUUAGCUGAAAACAUUCGAUAUACUGAUGAAAAUGAUCCUCUAUAUUGCCUUAUAAUGCCUCGAAUUAUUUGAUAGAUAAAAUGUUAAAGAUAAGUAAUAUAAUCAAAAAUUCCAUGUAGUCAUUACACAGGCAUAAAAUAACUAUUACAAUCAAAACGGAGAACAUUAAACGAUGAUAGGCGUGGUUCUUAUUAGUGUUGAAAUUAUUAUGGUCUAACAGUUUUGGAUGAAAGGCCACUAAUGAUAUUGGAAGUAUAAUCACAAUAUAUAAUAUGCACUGAGAGCUAAUAUUAAAGGAAGAAAAAGUUUAUACAUAAAGCAAUUUUUGAAACGCAUCACUGUUAUUGAUCGGUAAAAUUUUAUAGCGAAUACUUUUACAGCUAGUUGUUAAAAUUAUUCCCCAAAACACAAAUUAAUGUAUUUCAUUUUCCGUGAUGAUUGAUACGUCUUUCCGUUGCAUUUUUGUACCUUGAUCAACAAAAUAUAGAAUAUAUGAAAAUGCUUCCUUUUUAUACAUAUAGCGGCUACAACAAUAUAUUAAUAACGAAAAGAUGAUUAUUAUGAAUGUAGAACAGACGAAAAACAAAACUUGUACAGAGCAAUCACAUCUAGAAUGAUAGAACUCAGAAGCAAAUUAAUGAGGCUAACAUAUUUCGAGAAAAAUCGAACCCAAAAAUACCUAUAUAUAUAAACACUGUUGUAAAGAUAAAAAAACAACGCAUAAAUUAAAACGCCGGCGAGAGAAAGAGACCAUCGUUUCUUUCUGGCAAGAAGCACUAUCCGGGCAAGCCACACGCCCGUGGAUUGUGCUGAAGAUUAUCGAAUGACACGGCAGUGUCAAGCUAAGAAUAGAACAUCAGGUGCUGGAAUUAGACAUUAAGGCUUUCCGCAUGAGUGAGAUACUACAAACAAAGGACGAGCCACAGCCAUGGCCAGGUGUAGAAAUAAAUGAA